GCUCCAGCUAUUGCUCCUGUUUCCUCCUCAGCUCCUGUGUAUCUGGGCUGCACCCAUGCGCGCAUGGAGGAGUCAGCUUGCGCCCACCGAUGGAAGCAGAGGUUCUGGACUGGACUGGAGUGAAUGUAUUAUAGCUGCCACUUCUGCCUGAAAGAAAUAAGAAUGUCUAAGCCCCUGGAGCUGGAGAAGGCGCGACUGGACCUGCAAGAGGAGCACACAGAUACAGAAAGAAAUGGACCUGACACAAACCACCAGACCCAGCAGAGCAAACCAUCCCCGUUCUCCCCAUCCCCAACCAGCACGGGCAGCAAGAUCAAAGCCGAAGACCCCACAGAAAUGCCUCCAGCACCGGCACCGGCUCCCCCAGCCCAGCAGCCGCAUCUACCCCAAGCCCAGCUUAUGUUAGCUGGCAGCCAGCUGGCCGGGCUCACGGCGCUGAUGCCUGCCCAGCAGCAGCUGCUUCUGCAGCAAGCCCAAGCGCAGCUCCUGGCAGCCGCCGUGCAGCAGUCCAACGCUGCCGUCGCCGCCGCCUCCUCCCAGCAGUCUGGGACCGAGCUGCCAGCGCCGCAGAACCAGCCCCAGACGCCGCAGCUUGCUCUGUCGCAACCAAUCCAGCUCACUGCACAGGACAUUCAGCAACUGCUCCAGCUCCAGCAGCUGGUCCUCGUUCCAGGGCAUCACUUGCAGCCGCCUGCCCAGUUCCUGCUACCACAGGCCCAGCAGGGACAGCAGGGGCUGCUCCCGACACCAAAUCUCUUUCAGCUACCUCAGCAAAACCCCGGGAGCCUCCUGCCGAACCAGCCUCGAGCAGGGCUCCCAGCACAGCAAGUGACUCGGCCUGGCCUCCCCGAGUCCCACCUCGCUCACGCGCAGCCACCCAAAUGCCUGGAGACCCCUUCACACCCUGAGGAGCCCAGCGACCUGGAGGAGCUGGAGCAGUUUGCCCGCACCUUCAAGCAGCGGCGUAUCAAGCUGGGCUUCACACAGGGUGACGUGGGGCUGGCCAUGGGGAAGCUUUACGGGAAUGACUUCAGCCAGACAACCAUCUCCCGCUUUGAGGCGCUCAACCUCAGCUUUAAGAACAUGUGUAAGCUCAAACCUCUGCUGGAGAAAUGGCUCAAUGACGCUGAGACAAUGUCUGUGGACUCCACGCUUCCCAGCCCCAACCAGCUGAGCAGCCCCAACAUGGGCUUUGACGGGCUGCCGGGUCGGCGCCGCAAGAAACGGACCAGCAUUGAGACCAAUGUCCGCUUCGCAUUGGAAAAAAGCUUUCUCGCGAACCAGAAGCCUACCUCAGAGGAGAUCCUACUUAUCGCCGAGCAACUGAACAUGGAGAAGGAGGUGAUUCGCGUCUGGUUCUGCAACCGCCGCCAGAAAGAGAAGCGGAUCAACCCUUGCAGCUCGGCUCCCAUGUUACCUGCCCAGGGCAAGCCCCCCGGCUACAGCCCCCACAUGGUGACCAGCCCAGGCACCGGCACAAGUCUGCCCCUCUCCCAGGCUUCCAGUAGUCUGAGCACAACAGUUACUACCUUAUCCCCAACAGUCUGCUCCCUGACCCCCAGUCGGACAGCGGUGGGAGCAGGGGGCACUGCCCUCAACUCAGUCACGCCGCCCCCAAGCAACAGCACAAAUCCUAGCCCCCAGAGCAGCAGUCACUCAGCUAUCGCCUUGCAAGGCCUGAAUCCCAGUACGGGAAGCACAGUGCUAGGGGUGAACGCCGGGUUAAACCCAGCGCUAAUGGCCACCAACCCGCUGGCCACCAUUCAAGCAUUGGCCAGUGGUGGAAGCCUGCCAAUUACCAGCCUUGAUGCCAGUGGUAACUUGGUCCUGGGUACCACAGCGGGCACGACCGGAAGCCAGAGCAUCGUGACCUCUCCGCUGUUCCUCAACCACGCAGGCCUACCCUUGCUGAGUGCUGCCCCGGGAGGAGUGGGGCUGGUGUCGGCGGCCGCCGCCGUGGCUGCCUCCAUGCCCAGCAAGUCCCCCACCUUGACCUCCUCCUCUUCUUCCUCCUCUUCCUCCUCCUCCUGUUCCUCAUGCAGCUCCUCCAGCGACCUGGCGCAGACUCUGGGGCAGGCUGGUCCCGGAUCCACCGAGCCGGAUGCCAAGACGGAAUGAGGGCCGAGGAACGCUCCUCUCUGCUUUUCCCGAUGCGGUGGCGGGCCAAAGGAGUGGACAUACAAAACCGACAAGUGAAACCAAAAAAAAGAAAGAAAGAAAGAAACUAAACCAAACGAAAAAUCGUCAGCAGCAGCCAAACAAAAAAAAAACCCAACCAAAAAUAAUAAUAACCCAAAGCAACCAAACAAGCAAAGCAAAAAGGAACAAAGGAAGAAACCAAAAAGAAUUCCCCAAACUUUUGGUGUUCAUUUGUUUUGUUUUUUUCCCCUUCCCCCCCUCUGAUGUUAAGAACAAAACACCUAACCAAAGGUGGCUUUCUCAGUGGUUUUGUUUAAUACUCCCCCUCAAUGAUUUCUUUCCCCGCCCCCUCCCCCAUCUGCUAGUUUCCUGGACAGUUUCAGGAAGGAAACAAAUGGGGAUUGUUUGUUUUUUUUUAAAAAAAAAAAAGAAAGAAAAGAAAAAAGAAAAAAAGAAUGAAAAAUCCCUUUAAAAUCCUUAAAGGGAAAAAGAAUCUCACACCAAAAAUCACCAGUCCUAGCUUCACCCAAAGCUUUUUACAGACUUUUCUAACUUCUGUGUCUGGUCGAAUGUCUUUCAAAACGCGUUUAUUUAUUCUUAUUUAUUUUUCUUUUAUUUGGCAUCUGGAAGGGGUUGGAUGGGUGGGCAGGGGUUUAAUUUUAAGACCUUGCUUUAAAAUGUCCCCCCCUCCCCUUUUUUAACUUUAAAAAAAAAGAGAUGUUUUUAAACAGAUUGCAAUUUUUAUAAUUUUUGUCGGGGAAUUUUCGUUGAAUACAGAGUCUAGGAUUUUCAAAGGCCGUAAUAUGAACUGGGCGCCACGUUCCCACGAUGGAAACGGGUUUCCAAAUUUAUGUCCUGUGAGGAUCUCUCUUUCUCCUGUUGGGGUGUAGGUUCGGUUAUCUCAGCCUUCCAGCGAACUCCAUGAGUUGCUAGGCUGCCAUUUUUGAAGUAGCUCCCUUGCCAACCCACAACUUUGUUAGCUGCUUGUGAAAAAAGUUAAAAAAGGGAAAACAGUCUGAAAGGUUAAAAGAAAACCGUUUUCUUCCAGUUUGCCAAAUUUCCCUGCCUGGUUGCCUGGAACGAUUUCGACUCACCAUAGGUGACUGAAGAAGGGUCACUUUGUAAGCCCAGAAUAUUGAAUGCAACAAGCACAGACAAAGAGCAAUAGAUUACCCUGCUUCCACUCUCCCCCCCCCCCAAUUCCAAUAAACAUUGAAUUAAUUGCAUCUA